AAAGCCAAACCUAUUUUCAAUUUUGCUUCUUUCUCUUUCCAGCUUUAUUUUCAUCAUGGCAGCUGAAAUAAUUUUAUUUUAAUUUAUUAUUUGUUUUAAAGGCUUCGGUUUUUAUAUAUAGAGAAAUAUCGAUAGGGCGAUUUCUUCGCAUUUCUUGGUGACAAUUUAUAGGUCAAAGCCUUUAGCUUUCUUGUCAUUUUCUUAUUGAAGCCAGAUAAGCUUUUCUUGGUAAGUUGUUAAAGUUUCCAUAUUUUUUGUGUGUCUAUGUUCAUUGGAUUUUCCGAAGACUUUGUAGAGCUGUAAGAUUCAAGUGAUUUGACAAAAAAAUGGUGGAAGAGAAAGUUGCGAUUGCUAAAGAUGUUACUGAAUUGAUCGGUAAAACACCAUUGGUCUAUCUCAACCGUAUUGUGGAUGGCUGUGUGGCUCGAAUUGCUGCCAAGCUGGAGAUGAUGGAACCCUGCUCUAGUGUCAAAGAUAGGAUUGGAUAUAGUAUGAUUGCAGAUGCAGAGGAGAAGGGUCUCAUCACACCGGGAGAGAGUGUUCUGAUUGAGCCUACCAGUGGUAAUACUGGCAUAGGGUUGGCGUUCAUGGCAGCGGCCAAGGGUUACAAACUUAUUCUUACUAUGCCAGCUUCAAUGAGUCUUGAGAGAAGAAUGGUUCUCCGAGGUUUUGGAGCUGAGCUUGUUCUCACUGAUCCAGCUAGGGGCAUGAAAGGGGCCGUUCAGAAGGCAGAAGAGAUACAGGAUAAGACACCCAAUUCCUUUAUUCUUCAGCAAUUCGAAAACCCUUCCAACCCAAAGAUCCACUAUGAGACUACCGGACCAGAGAUCUGGAAAGGGACAGGGGGGAAAGUUGAUGCCCUUGUUUCUGGUAUUGGGACUGGGGGUACAGUCACAGGGGCGGGAAAGUAUCUUAAAGAGCAGAACCCUGAUGUGAAGCUAUAUGGUAUAGAACCAGCUGAAAGUGCUAUAUUGUCUGGAGGGAAGCCAGGUCCUCACAAGAUUCAAGGAAUUGGCGCUGGCUUCAUCCCUGGAGUUUUGGACUUGAACAUUCUUGAUGAAGUUGUUCAAAUAUCAAGUGACGAAGCAGUUGAAACUGCCAGGCUUCUUGCUCUGAAAGAAGGAUUGUUGGUUGGGAUAUCAUCUGGUGCUGCUGCUGCUGCUGCAAUCAAGAUAGCAAAGAGGCCAGAAAAUGCCGGAAAACUCAUUGUGGUUGUUUUCCCCAGCUUCGGAGAACGUUACCUGUCGUCUGUGUUGUUUGAAUCAGUUAGAAAGGAGGCAGAAAGUAUGACAUUUGAGCCUUGAAGCAUUCCCCAACUCCAAAAAGAGCCAAAUCCGUAUUCUGCGCUGAAAAAUGAAGCAUAAAAAACACUUUUCAAGUUACAGUUUGAUUUGGUCUGGAUGUUUUUGUGUCUUCGUGCUGUAUGAAUAAUUAGACUACUCUUUUAAGGCUUCACGGCUUGUGUAAAAUCUUACAAAAAACUGAGAAUUGUGGAGCCCUGCAAUACUGUCGAAUUUGAUAAAGAAUGGCAUGUGAUAUUCUAGUAAAUCGAUUACGGCUCUCUUACGACA